AUGAUUAAAUCAAUCAUAAUAUUUAUGGUGUUGGCCAUUACCUUGUCGGUUGCCACAUCCGAAUUCGCAUACUAUGUCGACCGUUCAGCCGACAUUAUCAUCGAACCAAAACAACACACUGUAAGUUCAACAACGAACAACAAAGACAACAACAACAACGACAAACAAGAAGAAGAAGAAGAAGAAGAAGAAGGAAUAGAUAGAGUACAGAUUAUAGACUUUAUAGAUAAAAAGAGAGAUGGCUAUUCUUGUCUUAUAAGAUUCUACUCCUUCUUCUUUUCUUCACCAAAACAUUUUAACUCAUUAUUAUAUUUAAAAGGAAACAUUUUCAACAGUGUCAACUUUGAUAAGAUUAAGGAUACUCAAAUCAGCACUUUAAUCUCACAUGUUAUGGGUACACUCCCAUUAAACAAUGAAGACAGAACUGGUUUCCCACAAGUUUCACUCUUUAACAAACCAAAGCUUAACCUUUUCUUUGCUCUCGAUUCAGUUUCAAAGGAAAACUUAAAAUCAUUAACAUUUUUAAAUGGAGAAUCAGUUCAAAUUGAAAAGAACUUUUAUCCAAUGGAUUCAGUAUCUGAAUUGACCACCAUUUUCUCUGGUGUCACUCCAUCUGAACACGGUAUUGUUGGUGCCAACUGGGAGAACAAGUAUGCCGAAAAGGUUGAAUCUUUUUCACGUGGACACUUGUCUAGCAAGAUCAAUUUGGCCGAUGUCCAAGACCGUACCUUCCAAGGCAAGUCUAUCAUUGUAUCGAGCUCAAGCAACAAGCAACUCGCCGGCGCCAUCACCGCCCAUCCAAAGCCAGCCCAACCAUUCUUGGGUGCCGAUGCACGUACUGUCGAAACCUUAUUGUACAGCCGUGAGUUCCGUCAAUUUGUCUUGCCAGAGGGAUGGAGAGCCGUCCUCACCUCGGGUUCGCUCAAGAUCACCACCGCCGCCGGCGAGUCUGUCACUGUCGACAUUGACGCCGAGCCAUUUGACAGCUUGCUCACCGAGUUGGCCGUCGUAUUCAACACUGUCAAGGCACUCGGAUCCAAGGACUACUCUGAAGCCGUUAAUGACGCCAUCCCAGACCUCGUCUCGUUUGCCUUUGGUUCACUCAAGUCUGUCGACCGUCAAGGUGAAUUCUUUACCAUUGCUCUCGCCAUGAUCGACCGUGCCAUGCAAUCUUCAUACGACCAACUCUCUGGUCUCUACAGCAACCGUAUUGCCUGUGAAGUCGUCGUCUUGAACGGUGGUGAAACCAUCGUCGACAAGGAAACCGUCGACCAAAUCAACAUUGUCGUUGGCAAGCACACCUACUCGUCACGUAUCGUAUCGUCGCCAUCCAUCUACUUGCGUCCAUCCUCCAAGAACCAACGUGAAGAGAUCUGCGACCAAUUGAUCGCUUCCGUCGACAACACCAAGUUCAACGUUCACUGUGCCACCAAAAACUCUGUCCUUAUCCGUGCUCAACCAGCCAACCUCGGCGAAGACGGCUCCUCAUCCGACGCUAGCAAUGAAAGCCCAGCCCAAUCAUACGCCGACAUGAUCGUCUCCAACCAAGUCGCCGCCUUCCAAAUCUUCCUCUUCUUCCCAAUCGUCUGGGUUCUUUUCAUUGCUGGUGGUUUCCUCCUCACCAUGGGUAUUAGCACUGACGCUCAAAAGGAUACCUUAUUGUACAGAAACACUGGUAGAAACCAUUAA